AUGUCAGCCGCCGGCCCCGUCGCUGGUGCAAGGGCCGCCCCCUCCCAGGGAGCCUUCAAGAAUGCCGACAAGCCGGACGAGGUGCGCAGGUCCAACCUCCAGGCCGCCAAGGCCGUCAGCGACGCCAUCCGCACCUCGCUCGGCCCCAAGGGCAUGGACAAGAUGAUCCAGACCAGCAACGGCGAGGUCGUCAUCACAAACGACGGCGCCACCAUCCUCAAGCAUAUGGCCGUCAUGCACCCCGCCGCCAGGAUGCUCGUCGAGCUCUCCCAGGCACAGGACGUCGAGGCCGGCGACGGAACCACCUCGGUCGUCGUCAUCGCGGGUAGCCUCCUCGGCGCUGCAGAAAAGAUGCUCAACAAGGGCAUCCACCCCACCAUCAUCGCAGAGUCGUUCCAGCGCGCAGCCGCAAAGGCCGUCGAGUACCUCACCGACAUCUCGACCCCCGUCGAGCUCGACGACAAGGAGAGCCUCCUCCGCGCCGCCAGCACCAGUCUCAACUCCAAGAUUGUCUCCCAGUACUCGUCCGUCCUCGCACCCAUCGCCGUCGACGCCGUCACCCGCCUGCUCAACAACUCGGCCAGCAAGUCGGUCGCUGACCCGGCUGCCUCCACCGCCCCCGUCUCGGGCUCGGGCCGGAAGGACGUCGAGAGCGUUGACCUCCGCGACAUCCGCAUCGUCAAAAAGGUCGGCGGCACCAUCGACGACACCGAGCUCGUAGAGGGCCUCGUGCUGGGCCAGAACGUCGUCUCGGGCAGCGGCGGUCCCACCCGCAUGGAAAAGGCCAAGAUUGCCGUGUGCCAGUUCCAGCUCAGCAGCCCCAAGCCCGACAUGGACAACCAGAUCGUCGUCAACGACUACCGGCAGAUGGACAAGAUCCUCAAGGAGGAGCGCCAGUACCUGCUUAACAUGUGCAAGAAGAUCAAAAAGACGGGCUGCAAUGUGCUCCUCAUCCAGAAGUCGAUUCUGCGCGACGCCGUCAACGAGCUGGCGCUUCACUUCCUUGCCAAGCUCAAGAUCCUCGUCGUCAAGGACGUCGAGCGCGACGAGAUCGAGUUUGUCACAAAGACGCUCGGCGCCAGGCCGAUCGCCGACAUUGAGGCGUUCACCGAGGACAAGCUGGCCAGCGCCGACCUCAUCGAAGAGACCGAGCAGAGCGGUGCCCGCGUCGUCCGCGUCUCUGGCAUCAAGAACAUGGGCAAGACAGUCAGCAUCCUCUGCACGGGCGCCAACUCGCUCGUGCUCGAGGAGAGCGAGCGCAGUCUGCACGACGCCCUCUGCGUCGUCCGCUGCCUCGUCAAGAAGCGCGCUCUGAUCGCCGGCGGUGGUGCUCCCGAGGUGCACGUGUCGCGGUUGCUCGCCCAGUACGCCCAGACGCUCAAAGGCAUGGAGGCCUACUGCUUCCAGGCGUACGCAGAGGCGCUCGAGAUCGUGCCCACGACGCUGGCCGAGAAUGCGGGCCUCAACCCGAUCAGCAUCGUCACUGAGCUGCGGAACCGCCACGCGCUGGGCGAGAGGACGGCCGGCAUCAACGUCCGCAAAGGGCAAAUCACAAACAUCCUCGAGGAGAACGUGCUGCAGCCUCUGCUGGUCAACACGAGCGCCAUCGAGCUCGCCACCGAGACUGUCUCGCUGUUGCUCAGGAUCGACGACUACCACCUGUCCCGUUGA